CUCCUAACUGCGCGACACCACCCCGUCAGAUCACCGAAUUUGUCCAUCUCGCAACGUCCCCCAUUUAUCGUUUCUCGAUCCAAUUCCAUCGGAUCCGGACUCUGCGACCUCGAGUCAUCAUCUACACACUUUUUCAAGCGUGUCGAAACCCUUUCUUCGCCGUCGCAGGGCACCGUCCAAACUGGAGCGACUGCACCCCUCGCCCGCCGCAGAUCGGGGGUUGGCUCUGCCAUGUCCUUAACAUGGCCGCCCCCAAACAGCCAGAAACCACCGGACGAUGAACCUCUCAUCCAUUCUUUACAUCGAGACACUCUCAACGGGCUGUUAAGAGCGCCCUCUCGAUCUCAUACUCCUAAUUCCUUCAGACUGCGUGGUCUGGGUCCGGGCUCGCAGUUCGGUCCACCUGCCGAACCCGAAGCCAACUUCGAGGAAGAUCCCCAGGUUGUUCGGUUUCGCGCAUUGUUUGAAGAGACUGAGGGCAGACUUGCAACAUUGUUCGAUGACGGUGGUCAAGUCAUAAAACAUGAGAGGCCCGACAUCGACGAUGCGCUUCUCCUCGAGUCCGCGCCGCAAGAUGCGGACUCGGACCCCGUCCAUCCUCCAAUAUCAAAGAAGCGCAAACUGGACGAGGACGAUUAUGACGAUUACGACGACGAAGACGAGGAUGAGGAGCAAGAAGUAGAUACUGCCAGAGCCUCCCCCUUACAAGACAAGCCCAACAAAGUCCAUGUCAUCGCUGACGCGACCUCGUCGCCGCUGGCUCGCCCGGUCCCACCUUCUAGCAUCGUGUCCGAUCCUACCAAAGCAGGUUCGAAGACCGGUGUAGCCAAGCAGAAAGAGGAUGCGGAGGAUGCCCGGAAGAAGUUGGAAGAGACGAAGCGCGUGGAAACAGAGACAGUCAAGACCUUGUCACGGACCAUGUUCUUCACACUGGAAAAUGAUCGUGAUGCCAUGCUAGAUCAACACCGACUUGAUGAGGCAGAACGCCGCGCAGAGGCAGACGGAGAAGGCCAGGCCAAUCGCCAGAAUGCAACCAUGCAGCAGGGGAGUCUGAGUAAAGCGAAUCUUGGCGCAUCCAGUCUCACACUCAAAAACUUGAUAGCACGGUUGGACGAACAUCGCUCCAUGGUGCACGCGACAGAAUCCGAGCUUCGUGCACUUAUGAGUGAGGUGCGUAAGAACCGAAGCAAGUGGGCGAGCGAAGACAAAGUCGGUCAAGAAGAACUGUACGAAUCGGCGGAGAAAGUACUCACUGAGUUGAAAGCUCAUACGGAGCAUUCUUUCCCUUUCCUGAAUCCGGUCAAAAAGAAGGAUGCUCCUGACUAUUACGUUGUCAUCAAGGUGCCAAUGGACCUUGGGACCAUGACCAAGAAGCUCAAGCAGCUUGCUUACAAGUCGAAGAAGGAGUUUGUCGACGAUCUCAAUCAGAUAUGGAAGAAUUGCUUGAGAUUCAACAGCAAUCCGGACCAUCUCUUUCGGAAGCAUGCUCUUUUCAUGCAAAAGGAGACCGACAAACUUGUUCCUCUGAUUCCAGAUAUUGUCAUUCGCGAUCGCGCGGAGGUUGAGGCCGAGGAAAGAAGGCAGCAGAUUGCCAAUGGUGAGCUCGAGGACGAGGCAGAGGAGAGCGAUGAUGAACCGAUCAUGUCGUCGCGUGGUAGAAAGGCGCCGAACAAGAGUGCAAAGAAAGGUGGUCAGUCAACAUCGCGGAAACAUCCGCCGGAGACAACACCCAUUCCGGAAACCAAACCAGUCAUGCAGUCGCUCAGUUCUGUUCAGAAUGGUAUUAGGGCAGAAUCAGAAUUUGACGGGAGUCAAGGGCAAUCCACUCCUCCGCCUGGCAUCUUGACGCCCGUUGGAGCGCAUGGUCCAGGGAGCAUUGUGGGAACAGGCAGUGAAGCUAUGGACAUGGAUCUACCUGGCCUUCCGUCACAAGCGCCUGUACCCGAGUACGAAGAUGAGGAUUACAAGCUCUGGAAGCAGAAGACCAAGAAGGAGCGGGCGAUGCUUGCCGCGGCCCGACACAAGCUGUUUCGUGGGGACAAGUUGAAUGCGGAAGAAACUGCCUUGCUGCGAAGCAAGGCUGGUAUGCGUCGUUGGCAACGCAUCCAACAAGAAGCCGCUGGGAAGGACAUCUCUGAAUUUGGUGGAGAUGCAACCGAUCGUGAUCAACGUGGCGACAUCCAGGGCCAGACACUAGCCGAGGGAAUGGAAGCGGAAGAUGAAAGUAUGUUGCCGGACUAUUAUGAUCCACUGGCAGCAAUCCCAGAUCUGAACACCCGACUGCGAUGGGAGCAAGACUCUGAAGGACAAGUUAUUGAACACUUUGAAGAGUAUUUGCGCUUGCUGCCAUCAAAACAAUUUGUUGCUCCAGACAGCAAGCUAGUCAAAAAGAUGGACGCCAAUAUGCGACAAAUGCAAGAGACACGGAAAGUUGUUUCAAAGAUUGGUGUGGUGAAACAGAUGCAGCUGCAGUCCCAGACGUAUCAGAACCAAUUCCAGAAAUAUCAACCGGAACCUUUUGUGGAGGCAGACAUACCCAACCACGUCAUGUCGGACGCUGGGCCUGUGAUGGCUCCAUGGGUGUGCAAGGCUGCAUUUCAAAGAUCUAUCGGUAAAAUCUUCUUCUACGCAGGAUUUGAGGAGUUCCAACCUUCGGCGAUGGACGCCAUGACCGAUAUGGCGGCCGAUUUCUUCCAGAAACUAUGCAGUACUCUUCUCAAUUACCGAGAAGACUUCAAGGUUCCUGUGACAACGCCAGUGUCAGCAGGAGAGACGACCAGCUACAAGCUCCCCAAUACUCUUGAAGAGGCGCUUCUCCACUCGUUGCACUCUGGCGGCAUGUCUGUCAACGAUCUCGACCUGUAUGCACGUGAGGACGUCGACCGUAUGGCUACCCGCCUCACCACCAUGCAUGAUCGGAUGAAAGCACACCUUACAGAUCUCCUCAGACCAGCUCUGACGGACGAUACAGCCCAUGGGCAGGGAACGUUCGUAGAUGGUGGGGAGCAGUUUGUCGGUGGUGACUUUGCUGGGGACCUUGACGAAGACUUCUUCGGCUUCCGUGAACUCGGCUUGGACAAGGAGUUUGGAAUGGCCAGUCUUACUGUUCCAUUCCACAUCUUACAGAAUCGUCUUGGCAUGAGCAAUCAACAAGCCAGUACAACCGACUCUGUAGAGAAGAUCUUCAAGGAGCCUCCUCGCUGGCCAAAGAUCACUCUCGACAAUGUGGACGAGCAGGUUGGACUGGUCAGAGAGUGGUUCAGGAAGCGCCUGCGUGAGAACGGCGAUCGUCCUUUGGUCGAGGAUCUGGAACUUCCACCCAAGCAGAGGCCUGGUUACGGACGUGCACGCGUACCAGCCAGCGGAAAGAUUGGCGAUGGCGGACUGAAGAGCAAUGCCAGCCCACAGAAAAAGGCACCUGUCAAGAACGCCGGCGCCCCCAAACCUCCAGGCGGAACAACUCCUGCCGAUAAAGGGAAGAGGAAGUCUAUCGUCAUGAAUGGCACUGGUGAGGAUACGACUCUGGUCAAUGGUAUCAACCCUUCCACGCCUGGACCUCGUGGUGACGGGAGCCCAGAGAAGAAGAGGCCAACACUCAAAGCAAAGGUGACAAUGUCUGAUCUGAAAGCCUCAGACAAGGACGACACGAUACCUGCCACGGAGAAUAUCGACGAGACAUCCGAGAUGAAUGGUAUUGCUAAAGUCAAUGGUGUAAUGGACGGUGACACGAGUAUGAUGAGCCCGGAGAGUCUAUGACGCAUGUACACGCCAUGUUAUCGACAAAGUACAUAUGGGUGAGGUCCUGAUCAAGGACUGAAGCUGGGGGCUUCUAUACUGGGGACGGGUGAUUUGCAUAUUCGGUUUUGGUUGAUGAAGUUUGGUUUGGAUGACUUGAUACCCAAGGGUCUAGUGGGCGGGAUAAAAACGGUGAUUUGGGGUGCGGUGUUCAUGGUGUUCAACGUAAUGGAAUCGGCUGCGUACCUUGUCUGGGUACGUAGAAUGACAGCCUGGUAUAUAUGCCUGUGCGUCUCACGAUCUGCGUGUCAUGGUCGAGGGGUCAUCAAGGGAACGAAAACGACGGCAUUCAUUGCGGCCUAUAACGAGCCUUGGACGACGGUUCUGGCUUUCUUGCCCGUAUUAUAUUAUAUGGUGUUUGUAGAUAUUCUGCGUACCUACCCUACUUGUAGUUGGAUAUGAUCGUACUGAUACACAAC